AGUCGGUAAUUACUAUUCAGAACUUCAUAAAUGUUAAAGGAUUUUGUAUCUCAUUCAAUAGGUUACUAGCUAGCUUGAAAGCAGAGAGAUGGGAAGGUCUGAAUUCAAGUGUGUGUGCGUGUGUGUGAGGAAUGCUAUUAAACAAGUGUGUGUAAGAGCUCAAAUGUGUUUUGACAUUGAUGGAUUCUAUUGUUGUUGACUGAUAUUGAGUGCCUUCAGUUUGAUUGAUCAUUGAAACAUGUAACUGAGUAUCUCCUUUGUCUAUUGAAUGUUUGAGCUGAAAUGGAAAGGAACUCAGCAGCAUGUGUGAUGGAAUGGAGCAUAGAGCUAGAAAAGGCCCUGCGCUCCAAGAAACCAGGUCGAUCGCUCGAAGGCAUUUCAGAAAUCAGUCCAAGACUCCAACAGUUAAGUAAAGAACCAGACCCUUCUCCAGCUGUCUACCACUUGUUCGACCUAAUUCCUGGCGAGGACAAGCUCUUCUCCAAUGCCAUCAUUCUUCGUCUUGCCAAUGCCUUCGAAUUUGGAGACAAGCACACAAGGGUCUGUAUUGUCAAGGCCUUUCUGUUUGAGUACAGGAAGAGGAACAAAUGGAAAGAGUACAAAGGAGUUUUGUGCAAAACUCGGGUUCAUAUGCAGGCAGAAUUGCUGAGGAGAGUUAAGGUUGUGUUUGACAAUGAGGAUGUUGAAGAUCGGGCUUUGGCUUUGGGUCUGUUUGGCUGUUGGGCACAUUUUGCUAAACCGACUGCGAGUAUGCAAUACUUGGUGCUUUCUAGUAUGGUUUGUUCUCAUGUCUUGGAGGUACAAGCAGCGUUAUUUGCAGCAGGAUGUUUUGCUGAGUUAUCAGAAGACUUUGCAUGUGUUGUCUUGGAGAUGCUGCUUCAUAUGAUGAGCUCACCAGAAACGUUGCCUGCUAUAAGGUUGGCCGGAGCACGAUUAUUUGCCAAACUUGGGUGCUCCCAGUCUCUUGCAAAUAAUGCUUACAAGGCAAGUCUAAAAUUGCUGUUAGAGUUCUCAGAUGAGUAUUACCAGGUUGCGAUGCUGGUUUCCCUCUCAAAACUUGCUUCCAAGUCAACCAUUCUUAUAUCUCAGCAGGUGGACCUGCUUCUCUUGUUUCUUAGCCAUGAAAAAACUCUUCAUCUGCGAGCAACAGCAUUAAGAUGCCUACAUUUUUUUUUCAGUCAAGGAAUGUGUCAUGUUCCUGUAAAUGGAUAUCUUGUGAAAACAUUGUUAAGCAUACUAGAUGAACCUCAAAUUCCAACAUCCAUGCUUUGUGAAGUUCUUCAGACGUUAAGAAAGAUGAUUUUAUGUAUGCCACCCAAUCUACCCUCUGAUGUCCUUGAAUCUUCGAAGCUUUUAAGCAUUACUGAGAAUGCAUCCCGAUCUCCUAUCAUGACCGAGAGCCUGUUGGCUAUUUCUGUUUUGGUAGAUAUGUCAAGAAGACUAAAAGGAAGUACAGGGAUGGGAUCUAUUGUGCGUUGUUCCUCUCUUCAACCAUCUCAGGUGAUCUUGCUUAUCAUAGAUCAGAUCACCAUAUUGGUGAAGCCAAUUUUGGAUCUUUGUCAGGCUGACAGUGUUGAGUUUCCACAAGUUAACUGCCUGUUCAAUCUUCUUUUCCUUCUAAUCCGAGAAUAUCCGGAUUUGCAUGUCUUAGUGCUGGAUGAAAUAUCUGUUUUAGUGAAGUCUCUCUCGUAUAGUGUAGACUUGAAAGGAGAGAACAGUAGAAUUAUCAGAUCAAAGCUUCUAUUUAAGGUGUACAGAUUUUUGGUGGCCUUUCUCGAAAAUCUCACUGAAGCUGGUGCCAUCUCCACCGAAGUAUUUGACAAAGUGAAGCUUCUAGUCGAACUUGUAUGCCAAAGCAACUUGUUUGAAUGUUAUACAUACACACUCUACUCUCUGUUGCUGCGUUGUCAAAUAAUUUGGGGUAACAUGGGAAAUGAGAGUGAGGGAAGUCGCAAUCCUGAUAAAAACUCGGGCAUAUCUCUUGAUAAUUACUCAAUGAAGCAUGAACUUCGUACCAUUGAAUGUGCAAAGAGGAUGCUGGCAGAAAAAAAUAAUUGGCCUGCUUAUAGAGUCGGGGUGUAUGCAGUGUGUCAAGGAGAUUGGCUGACCUCGACUUUUAUAUUCAAGCAAUUAGUAUUAAAGGUUCGUUCUAAUUCCUGCAGCUGCUGGGUGAAGUCAUUAGUUCAAUUUGCUGAUUCUGAGAGGAAACUAGAGCUGCUGCUAUCACCAAAACAAGGGUUAGAGACAUAUAAAUUACAUCUUACACCUUCCAGUAAUGAUUUAGGUUGCCAAGAUGCAGCGAGUAAUAUCAAGGAGCAUAUUUACAGCAAAGAGCUAGCAGCAGCUUACAAUGGUCUUUGUUCUUCUUUGGAAACAUUAAAAGUUGGUGAUGUCAAAAUGGGCCACACUUUUUUUUUCCAACACUGGUUUUUGUCCUUAAGAGUGAAGGUAAUAAAAGCUGUGGUGGAUAUAGUUAAAAUUUUGGGAAACAUUCAAUUUGACCAGGACAACACUACCAAUACUGGAAAGGUUGAGAAACUUAUGGUUGGAUACCUCAUAUCUUUGCAGAAAAUUACUCAAAUAUCUCUGCAGUUGAAGAGGCUAGCACAAGAAUUUGAUCUAGUUACAACAUCUUUCAUUGAUAUGGACAAAAAGAGUUCAAAAAUAAUUUCGGAACUUGCAAUGAGUUGUUCGCUGUUGGCCUUCUGUACUGGAUUUGCUCUCUACAUUCCAGGCCUAAUUAAACCUAUUUCUAAUAGUGGUCUGGGAAUUCUAGAGAGAGAUUUAGAUGCAAUGUUGGUUCAAAAUCUAGUUGGACGGUUGGGGAACACUAACCAUGAAACCAGUAAAAAUCUAUGUCUGCUAUUGGAGGCGGGUAGAAAUCCCAUGGAUUGUUUUCACAUGCAGUCAAGAACCCAAGCAUGUAAGAUUGGUUCUAAAGCAAGGGAUAUUCUUAGUGUUUGUAAUUAUGCGGUUUCAGGGAUUGCUGGCUUGAAAAGGAAGGCAAACAGAGUGCAUAAUGAGGAAGGACUAUCCCAAUUACCCAAGGAUGGCUUAAAGCUUAUGUAUGACAUUCUUAUGAAAUGGAUGCAAAUCCCUUUCCGUACGCCCACGUACUUCUUUAAAUUCAGGCCUUGCCAUGGGUCAGAACUCUUCGCUGUCAACGAAACUAGAAACCCAGACGGAAUAUAUGUUUCCCCAGGCUUCAACUUGUCAUUAAAUCUGUGUCUUCAAUUAAGAAAUGUGGCACCAGAUAUCCCAGUCCGGUUUAAAAACUUGUACUGCAUGCUCUACAGUAGAGUAUCCUUUCAGGAACCAGCAGAAAGUGGAGUAAACAAUCAGCAAAAGCAAGGUAGUUAUCAAGCUUGCGAAACUGAUGACAUGGUAGAGAUGAAUGAAAAGCUGUUGCAGUACGUAACAGAGUGCAGUACAAAAAAGAGUAAUAAGCGUCGAAGGGGCAACAAUGAUGGUGAGUUUGUAAAUUCGUUCGUGCGUUUCGAACUGAAUGAAAGAGGGCAAGGGUUCUCAAAUUGCUUGCUUGAUGUUUCUGCUUUUCCAGUGGGUUCUUAUAGAAUCAAAUGGCAUAGCUGUUGUAUUGAUAGCCAGGGUACUUGUUGGACCCUCCCCCAUUUGAAUUUGGGACCUGUAUUUACUGUACAUAGGUUAUAGGUUAAUUUUUUUUAUAAAUUAAACCAAAGUUGUAAAUGAUCUUGUUCUCUGUAUUGAUUCUACUGUACAGUUUGUAAUUUUUCCAAUCUACUUUAUGAAGAACUUGUAUCCUGCAAUAUAGCCAA